GACUGAGAUUGAGACACAUAUUAAGGACCUGGAGACGCACUCAGUUGGAAGACAACUUAAGUUUCCUAGAAGCAGCAUGUUAAAUCCCCAGCAGCAAGGUGAGCUCCUCCUGCAUGAUCACCCUCCAGUAUUUGGGAAGCCGUGGUACUGGCAGCGCAGCAGCAGCACCAUGGAGAGCACCCGCAGCCUGGCACUGGUCAUAAUGGAGAUGCGCGACGAGAUCAAGAAGCUGGAGGAGGAGAACCGAGAGCUGCGAGGGGAAUGUGGUCAGCAUUCAGCAACAGGAGGAGAAGCCAGCAAGGAGUCCAUCCCUGUAAAAAAGGAAAUAUUGGAAAAUCCUUAUGGCAACCUGAGAAGGAAUACGUCUGCGCCCGUCCUAGAGGGACAAUACAAGGAAAAUACUGCCAUGACUGUACGAAGGUACUCCACAACCUCCAAACCCCCUGAACUGACAGAAAGAGAUCGUAGAAUUGACAAGAGCCUACAAAGUAACUCAGGUUGGGACAGACUACAUGAAGACGUGUUUGGAGAAGAAGAGGAUACCAACAGCCAGCACUCUCUGAAGGAUUUCAUCCAUAAAAACAGAGCCAAAGUAAAGACUGUGACCUUCCUUCUGCCAGUUGAUGAUAUUUACACCAGCCGGCCUGUUCUGACCAAACACCAAGAGGAGUCCAAAUUCACUGGCCUGGCUUCAAUAGCCGAGACCGAUUCUUGAAAAACACUUAAAAAUCUUGGGACGCAUCACUGGUAGAGAUUGAAAGUACAAACUGGAACUCUGCAGCCUCAUUUUUUUUCUUGCCCUCCUUAACUAGGUCACUUUAGAUUGGGCUCCUAAUGAGUAAGUAAGCAAACCGAUUUUUAUCACACCUGACCAAGAAACUGGAGUCUCUGAUUACAGGUGUUAUUUUCAUUUGGCCAUGGCAAUCUAUGCCUUGUCAACAGUGAUGAGACACGGGCCCCACUGCAGAAAGGAUCAGGUUUCCAGACUCCUCUCCCGGCCUGGGCUGUGGUUUCAGGGUGACACGUGUGGCAGUCCUUUCAGACUCAGCUGUGGUUGCUAACUCAGGCCAUGGAAGUAAUGUCCCAUUUUUUAUUUAUUUAUUCCUUUUUUCUUUACAAAGUAAACUUAAAACAUAUAGCCAAGAUAAACUGUGACUCCUAUAUUUCAUUGUUCCUAAAGAUUUGCUAUAACCCACCUAAAUUUGAAAGGCUUAAACGGGUCAGCAGCAAAUUGUGUCCAUGAUCAGGAAGCUUUU